CCCGUUCAUUCCACCUUUCCCUCUGCCCCUCUCGCCGGCCGGCCGGCCGCGGAAGGGUGCUGAGGAAAUGUGUUUGUAAUUAAAGCCGAGCCUGCCGGCGGCACGCGGCUGACGUCAGCUCCAGGGCUGCGCUGCCGACCGAGCCGAGCCGAGCGGGGCAGAGCAGCACAACUCAGCACGCCGUGUGGGGCAGGGGAGUCAAGUCAACGAGUGGAGGGGCAAGGGAGUUACUGCCGAAAGACCCUGAAAUCUGAACGGCUGGCGAAAGUGCGCUGGAGUACUUUAAACAGACUGCUAGGAGACGGUCACCUCUGUGAAGCCACUUCUGAAAGUCCCACAAGAACGAGAAUAGCCACUUUCUAAAAGUUCUUUUUCUCGGUGUGUGAAGAUGAUAUUUCAUCGGCUUGUAUUGAGGCUGCAGAACUGCAUGUUGGAUUGAGUUAUUCAUUUGCAAUCAGAGGAACAAAAUUGGUUGGAAAAACUACUCAACUGAACAGAGUUCAAAGCAGCAGGAGACUGACCCAAGGUCCACGUGAAAAGGGAGACGGCCGUGUUGUUUGUUGCCGUUGGAUGCUGUUCACCUGAUUGAAUAUCCACACACCCUCAGAGAAAAGAACGUGCAGAGCGCUGGCUCUUGGUCUAUAAGGCUGCCAAGAUGGAAGAACAAUGUUACUACAAUGAGAGCAUUGCAUUUUUUUACAACAACAGUAAGAAGCCUCUGGCGACAGAAUGGAAUGCAGUCAGCAAGCUGGUCAUGGGCCUGGGCAUCACAGUCUGUAUCUUCAUCAUGCUUGCCAACCUGCUUGUCAUGAUCGCCAUCUAUGUGAACCGUCGCUUCCACUUCCCUAUUUAUUACCUAAUGGCCAACUUGGCAGCUGCGGACUUCUUCGCGGGCCUGGCGUACUUUUACCUCAUGUUCAACACGGGACCCAACACUCGCAGGCUGACCGUCAGUACGUGGCUACUCCGCCAGGGCCUCAUCGACACCAGCCUCACUGCCUCGGUGGCCAACCUGCUGGCCAUCGCCAUUGAGAGGCACAUCACAGUCUUUCGAAUGCAGCUCCACACCAGGAUGAGCAACCGCCGGGUGGUGGUGGUGAUUGUUGUGAUCUGGACCAUGGCUAUCGUCAUGGGCGCAAUCCCCAGUGUGGGCUGGAAUUGCCUCUGUGACAUCAAGAUCUGCUCCACCAUGGCCCCUCUCUACAGCAGCUCCUACUUGGUUUUCUGGGCCAUUUUCAACCUGGUCACUUUUGUCGUCAUGGUGAUCCUCUACGCCCACAUCUUUGUCUAUGUGCGUCAGAGGACUAUGAGGAUGUCGCGUCACAGUUCGGGACCCCGCAGAAACCGUGACACUAUGAUGAGCCUGUUGAAGACUGUUGCUAUAGUGCUUGGGGCAUUUAUCAUCUGCUGGACUCCGGGACUGGUUUUGCUAUUACUCGAUGUGUUUUGCCCCGACUGCAAUGUGCUGACGUAUGAGAAGUUCUUCCUCCUGCUGGCCGAAUUCAACUCCGCCAUGAACCCCAUCAUCUACUCCUACCGCGACAAGGAGAUGAGCGCCACCUUCAAGCAGAUCCUCUGCUGCCAGCGGAACGAGGGCAGCAAUGGCGCAGCUGAAGGCUCCGAUCGCUCUGCCUCCUCCCUCAACCACACUAUCCUGAGUGGGAUACACAAUGACCAUUCAAUGGUGUAACUGGAGGCCCAGGGGCUAUCCGACACAAGAUAGCCAAGAUAUUUAACCACCUAGAUGUACACAAGUGGACCCCUGAAAACUAAAUGCUACACUAGCACCAGGACCAAUUCACAAACUAAUGCAAGAGGUUGUUGACAAAUAUUUUCUAUUUUAAUAGGACCUAGUGUGAUUCAUCUGUUAGUUAUGGGUUGGAGUCCUAAGUACUUGUGUUAUAUUACCUGCUAAACUGCAUUUAGCUGUAGAAGUUGAAGCUUUGUAAAAACAUAAUAAACUUAUUUUAUUCAACCCAUUAGCAUGCUUAGGAUGGACUAUUGCAUAGCAGGCGAAGUUCAGUAUUUUAUUGUUUCUUGUCAGUAUCCA